AUCCGGAGGAACUCCGCCAUUCCCGCCAAGAAGUCCCAGAUCUUCUCGACGGUCGUCGACAACCAGGAGAUGAUCACCUUCCGGGUGUUCGAGGGCGAGCGCCCCCUUACCAAAGACAACCACUUCCUGGGCGAGUUCACCCUCAGGCUGCAGCCGGCGCCCCGAGGUGUGCCCCAGAUAGAGGUGACCUUCGAGGUCAACACCGACGGCAUCCUGCGCAUCUCGGCGCUGGACACGGGCACCGGCAGGAGGGAGGAGCUCACCAUCACGAACGACGAGAAGCGCCUCUCCAAGGAGGACAUCGAGAGAAUGGUGAGAACGUCGCAGGACCUCGUCGACGAGGACACCAAACUCCACGAAUGGCUCAACUCGAGGAACAACUUCGAGUUCUACGCCUACCAGGUCAAGGGCCGCAUCUUCAAGGAGGGGGCGGCGCUGUUCGAGGACGAGAAGAAUGCCGCCGAAAGAGCGAUCGAGGAGAAGCUGCGGUGGCUGCAGGACCACCCCGACGCGGCCAUCGACCAAGUCCUCGCCCAGAGGAAGGAGCUGGAGAAGGUCGUGGAGCCGAUCGUCGCCAAAAUCGACAAAAAGGAUGAGUUGUGAGGCCGCCAAAGGCUCUUCCCAAUCCUGCGUCUCAAAAGUGAGCUUUGCUUGUGUGACUGUGAUUGUUUUGUACGAACGGCGAGCGAUGCGUGGCGCUUGCGUGUGGUGAGUGAGACAGCGAAGUGUGCCGCUGCGUGAUGCGAACUUUACUAAUAAAGAAAUUUGCUGCUCAGGCAAAUA